UAGUGCAUGUUCCAACUUUUUCAAAAGAAUACCAAGAGGAGAGUAGAUAUAAUUAUUACUAUUAUUUAUUAUUAAGGGAAUAAAAAUUAGACAUAGCAACUCAGAAAGUCAGUCAGCAGAGUCAGUACUCGUUUAUUUAAACUAUGAUUUCGUAAAAGGCAAUUGAUCAGUUUGGGUGAAUUGGUAGAGAAAGUUUAUUGAGAGGGAAAAAUAAGAAAAAAAAAGAGCUCUUUGAACAUCAUCUGAUCUUGUCUGCAAUUACAACUUCCAACUUCAUGGCGGCACUAGAUUCGGCUUCCUCCUCCUCCUCUGUUGCCUCCACAGUUGGAUCUUCCAGUUACGAUGUGUUUCUCAGCUUCAGGGGUGAAGAUACUCGCAAUAACUUCAUUUGUUUUCUUUACAAAGCUCUGAAAGAUGCAGGAAUCGAUGUCUUUCUUGAUAAUGAAAACUUGUGGACUGGAGAUGCAAUUGGCUCAACCCUCCUUACAGCGAUAGAGGGGUCAAAAAUCUCGAUCCCUGUCUUCUCUAAAGGUUAUGCAGAUAGCAAAUGGUGCUUGCAGGAACUUGCCUAUAUAUUUCAAUGCUACAAAUCCAAUGGUCAAAUUGUCUUGCCCAUAUUCUUUCACGUUGACCCAUCACAUGUUCGGAACCAGACCGAAAGUUUUGAAGAAGCGUUUAGGAAGCACGAGGAGAUUUUCGAGGCCGAUAUAGUAAUGAGUUGGAGGGAAGCUUUGAGAGAGGUCGGGAAUUUGAAAGGAGAAGUUCUCAAAGAUACUAUGUAAGUCUAAAGCCCACAAUUUUUCUUUUUUCUCAAAACUUAAUUAAACGAUUAUCUAUUUAUUUCAUUUUGUUAGACCAUCA